AUGAGGGUCCCAAUUAAAGGCACCAUUUUAUUUCCCGACGAGAAAGUUCGCUAUGAGGUGGCCACAAUGCGAUACCUUGCUGCAAAUACCACCAUCCCCUUCCCGUACGUCUACCAUUAUACGCCUAGAGCUGAAAGUCCUACCGGGCUAGGCCCGUUCAUCGUUAUGGACCUCAUCAAGAACCACCAGAACAUGUCCAGAGUGUUGCUUGACCCAGAACGCGAGGCUGGCAAGCGGCCCACUCUGGACCACGAAAUCGGCGAGGAGAAGCUGGAGCCUUUAUACGCCCAGAUGGCCAACAUCCUACUGCAGCUAUCCACCCUGAAGUUUCCUCGAAUUGGCUCACUCGUCGAGGGAGUGGACGAGGAAUCUGCUUCUGUCAAGGGACGUCCUUUGAUCGUAAAUAUGACGGAAAUAGCUGUGCACACAAAUGCGCCACCAAGCACCCUGCCAUCUCAGACCUUUGCCCCCGCCGACAAGUGGUACAGCGCUCUCGCCGAUACGCACAUGGCCCAACUAACAUUCCAACAUAACGAUGCCGUGGGAGAUAAGGACGAUGCUCGCGAUAAACAUAUCACUCGCCAGCUAUUCCGAAACCUCGAUAUCAAGAGGCGUCUAAUGCCAGACCUGUUGAAAUCAGACGGCGAAUUCCGGUUGUUCUCCGAAGACUUCGGGCCGGUAGAUGUCCUCGAUAAGGGACUACGGGUCGUUGGCGUUAUAGACUGGCAGUUUGCGUACGCUGCGCCCCGCGCAGUUCAGCUUUGA